AGCAUUUCCCUGCAUGCUGAGCUCUGCUCUGCUCUGCUCACUGCUCUGAGUGUGCGAGUGAAGGGAAAUCUGACUUGAGGCUCAGCAUAGUGGGAGUCACUCUGUGCCACACCGGGAGUGCCUUUGGGAGAGGCGGGGGUUGUUUGCAAGGAAGAGGUUCGUCAAGCAGUGGUUAAUGGAGGGAGAGCAAGACAGGAGGAGGCAGAGAGCACUUUUCAGUCCUUCUGAAUCUUUCAUAAGGGAGAUCCUCCAGCAUCAAACUGUCUGAUGGACUGAGAGAAAGAGUUGGUGUGCAUUUAACAGGCACCAACACUGACAGAGAGCUAGAGGAACACAGGGAAAAGGAGGGGGCACUGGGGCGUGCAAGAGCAGGACAGACCAGGAGAGAGAUGGACAAGCGGUAAUGAGAAGGGGAUUUCUUCUGUAUGUGGCCCAGCUGUAGAAGCUCCUCUGAGAGCCUCUGAUGAACAGAAGACCAGCAGGAAAACAGAGGGCAUGAGCUACAGAAAAGAGAGAGGGAGAGGGCACGACUGCUGGCUGGCUAAUCCCUAAACUCGUGAAGAACGAGGGAAAAGGGGAAGAAUUGAAAGCACAGAGUCCAAGCAAAAAAAAGGUAUGUGUGAGCUGGCCUUUUCCUGAGUGACUGUUUGUGCGUGCUGAGUCUUUCUGCAGGAGUGAAAAACUUCACUGUGUCUGCAAGAGGAGGACAAAAUAAAACAUACAUGACUAACUAGUGGGACUCCAUUUGGACAGAAAUUGGCAGAAUUUGACAGAGGAACACAAGUCUGCCUGCAGGGAUGUCAUCCAACGAGCUGAGUGUUGAGAUGGACUCGUGCAUUCGGACGUUCAAGGAGCACAUGCACCUGGAGCUGGAGCCACCCAAGAUGCCAGGUGUGAUGGGUGGCAAGAGGGGAGCCACGUCCCCGAAGCUGUCCCCUAGAAGCUCCCCGCGCCUCUUCCGCAAGCUGAUGGUCAACAAGAGCAUUAGGCAGAGGCGACGCUUCACUGUAGCUCAUACCUGUUUUGAUGUGGAGAAUGGCCCCUCUUCUAGCUGCAGCCCCCUGGACCCUCAGGCCUCCCCGGGCUCUGGUCUGGUCCUCCACACCAACUUCCCAGGUCACAACCAGCGCAGAGAGUCCUUCCUCUAUCGCUCAGACAGCGACUAUGAACUGUCCCCCAAGUCCAUGUCACGAAACUCCUCAAUCGCCUCUGAACUACAUGGCGAUGACCUGAUCGUAACGCCUUUUGCUCAGGUUCUUGCAAGCCUUCGAAGUGUAAGGAAUAACUUCACUGUACUGACCAAUGUCCAGUGUGCCUCCAGCAAGCGAUCUCCUGCAGCAACAACACAGCCUCCAGUCACCAGAGUUUGUCUCCCAGAUGAGGCGUACCAGAAGCUGGCCAUGGAGACAAUGGAGGAGUUGGACUGGUGUCUGGACCAGCUGGAGACGAUCCAGACCUACCGCUCUGUCAGCGACAUGGCCUCCACCAAGUUCAAGAGAAUGUUGAAUCGGGAGUUGACGCACCUAUCUGAGAUGAGUCGGUCUGGGAAUCAGGUUUCCGAAUUCAUCUCCAACACCUUCCUAGACAAACAGAAUGAGGUGGAGAUCCCAUCGCCAACAUCCAAGACACGAGAGAAGAAGAAGCAGCAGAAGCAGCAGCUGAUGACACAGAUUAGCGGGGUCAAGAAGGUCUCCCACGGGCCCUCGCUCUCGAGCAGCAGCAUCGCACGCUUUGGGGUCAAGACUGAUAAGGAGGAGCUGCUGUCCAAAGAGCUGGACGACCUGAACAAGUGGGGCCUGAACAUCUUCUCAGUUUCAGAAUACUCCAACAACCGACCUCUCACCUGCAUCAUGUAUGCCAUUUUCCAGGAGCGAGACCUUUUAAAGACAUUUAAGAUCCCAGCGGAUACAUUUGUGGCCUACAUGAUGACACUGGAAGAUCACUAUCAUUCAGAUGUGGCCUACCAUAACAGCCUGCAUGCUGCUGAUGUAGCCCAGUCCACACACAUCCUCCUCUCCACUCCAGCCCUGGAUGCGGUCUUCACAGAUCUUGAGAUCCUGGCAGCCAUCUUUGCUGCAGCUAUCCAUGAUGUUGAUCAUCCCGGAGUAUCAAACCAAUUUUUAAUCAAUACCAACUCUGAGCUGGCACUAAUGUACAACGAUGAGUCUGUGCUGGAGAACCAUCACUUGGCUGUGGGAUUCAAGCUGCUACAGGAAGACAACUGUGAUAUCUUCCAGAACCUCACUAAGAAGCAGCGUCAGUCCCUGCGCAAGAUGGUCAUCGACAUGGUUUUGGCCACUGACAUGUCCAAACAUAUGAGUCUGCUGGCUGAUCUGAAGACUAUGGUGGAAACGAAGAAGGUAACGAGCUCUGGAGUGCUGCUGCUAGACAAUUACACCGACAGGAUACAGGUGCUGCGUAACAUGGUGCACUGUGCUGACUUGAGUAACCCUACUAAGUCCCUGGAGUUGUAUCGUCAGUGGACUGAUCGCAUAAUGGAGGAGUUCUUUCACCAAGGUGACAGAGAGAGGGAGAGGGGAAUGGAAAUCAGUCCAAUGUGUGAUAAACACACAGCCUCAGUGGAGAAGAGCCAGGUGGGCUUCAUCGAUUACAUUGUACACCCUCUGUGGGAGACCUGGGCCGACCUGGUCCAUCCUGAUGCUCAGGACAUUCUGGACACGCUGGAGGACAACAGGAACUGGUAUCAGAGCAUGAUUCCCCAGAGUCCCUCCCCGCCCUUCUAUGACCAGGGCACACAUGGACACAGUGGAGGCACUGGAGGGCAGGGGGGUGGGGAGAAGUUUCAGUUUGAGCUGACCUUGGAGGAGGAGGACUUGGAUGGAAUGGAGAAAGAUGGUGAAGUGGAGGAAGACGAAGAGGAGGAAGAGUUAGAGGAGGAGGAGGAUAGUCUAGGAGAUUCACGUUCUCCCCCGCUGGACUUUUUGGACAGUCAGGAGAACGAGGAGGAAGGCAUGAUUGAGCCCACGUCAGCAAUAGAGAUCGUGACACAUGAGGCAUCACCCACAGACACAUAGGGCUUCCAUCAUCAGGUUCACAUGGUGAUUUGAAAGGUUUUUAUUUGGAAAAAGAGGGGAAAAUCCUCUUGGAGCUGUGCUUUUUAAUAAGCCCACAAAGGCAAAGGCUUAGUUUUGGCCCGCGCAGUGGCAUGUUGCACUUGGGUGUUUGAAGCCAGACAUGGACGGACAGCUUCAGUAAAGCGGCUUCAGAGUUCUCAGGAAAUAAUAAACGCGAACAAUUUAGCCUUGAUGGACAAGCGAGACUGAUGGUGGAACUUGAAGGAAUUCAGCCAGUUUGGAAAAUGGUUACUUUUCUUUUUCUGGACUGGCAUUAAAUGGACACUGACACUACUGAGAGAAGUUUUGUACUUUGAGACUUUUGAGGGUUUUUUUUACCAAUAUAUGACAUGAUCUAGAAGUAGCAUAGAGUGAGAUCUACUGAUGGAGACACAUUUGUAUAGCAAGAGAAAGUGUUUACUUUUUUUCUGUACCAUUUGUCAAAGGACUUGUGUGCCUUUUUUACUAUUGUCUUUAUAAUAGUUUUUUAUUUAUUGAACACUCUAGUAUGUCUGUGAAAUGUUUUUUUUGUUUUUGUUUGUUCGUUUUUCUUAACUGAAAAGAGCAACAUUUUUUUGUAUAUUGAAAAGAUAAAAGUCUUCCAUGUAUUGGGCAAUAGAAAUAUCUAAACAAAUGUCGACAAACAACUUUUGGAGAAAUUCAUCUAAAUGGGAAAACAUUUCGAUCUCAGCACAGGUUCCUUCUUUACGCAUGGAAUUCAAAUGCUUGUCAUCCACGAUUCUUGUCGCAGGUUUAGCUUCAUGUUUUCUGUAUCACAUGUCGGUCAAUGAAUGUCACAGUUGCACAAAAAUAUAAAACCUCUACUUUCAUACUUGUUAAACAUCUUUUUUGUUGUUGAUGUUGUUGCUGUUUUUUUUUUUUAAAUGGCCUGCAGAUCAUUGUGCUUCCUACUGUUUCACACCAACAGUUGAAUUUUAAUACAAACUGUUGAGAAUAUAAAUUCUCUGAUCGCUAUAUUCUUAUAUUAUUCCUACAAAUUUUUGCAGUGUAAACCAUUUGGGGCAUUUUGAGCUAGACACAUUUGUCUAUUGAUUUUUGCAGUUAUGUUGGUGUGAAAUAGCGGUUAGCCACAUUAAACCCCUCAUUACCCUCUACCUAUGACCAGAUAAAAUAAGCAGCUUGACGAGCAUGCCAGAAAGGAAUGGGCCCUUACGUCAAGAGAUCUAUGAUAAAAAAAAAAAAAUCUGCUAAGGAUAAAAUUUGUAACAGUGAUCAGUCUAUUUUUAGCCCACUGGUAUGCUACAGUUGUAAUAAUCCUGUUAGAUGAAAUGGGUUCUGACCACAGACCUGUCUGAUGUAACACCCCACACCCCGCUUCUCUGCAAUCAGGCCCAGACCAGAUGAUUAAAGGUGCUCUUACAGUCGCCCGUCUGAAAGGCACUCUUCGACCCUCAUCAGCUUCAGCAUUCACACGGUUUACAAACCCCUCUAGGCUCUACGGACACGACCCCAAAACAAUCAGGCCAGCUAUUUCUUCCUCACGCUAAAAAUCCCUGAAGUUCUGCUCCUGCUCAUUGACGUCAAAUGAAUAUUUUUCCUCCCCCUCUGCUGUAUCAGGUUUCCAGGACGGUCAGGUUAUUAGGAUUUGGCACAGCCGGAACUGCUGGAUUCAGCAUGUCAGGCUAUGCCUGUUUCCAAAAAAAAAGAAAAAAGAAAAAGAGGAAUAAUUAGGUGCUCUAC